AUGCUACAGGGUGACUGUAUCGAGCGGCAGCCGGACCACAUCGUGGUGGCGGUGACUCUAUCGGAGGAAGGCAGAGGGCUCAUCCAAUGGACGAUCAGCCGAUGCCAGCCGGGUGACGUCAUCUACGUCCUCCACGUCAUCGUGCCGCCCACCGACGGCGCGCGCCCGCCGCGGUUGGAGGAGAUGCGCGAGGACCAGCGGCGGAAGCUGGAGAUCUUCUCCGCGCUGCUGUGGGGCUUCGAGGCGCUCUGCGACGAGAAGAAGGUGGCGGCGUCGGUGCGCGUGGUGCACGGCGCGUGCGAGGAGCAGGCGGUGGCGGACGAGGCGAGACUGCUGGGGGCGACGCGGGUCGUCGUGCACAAGGACGGCAUGGGGCGGCGCUUCUCCCCGCGCGCGCUGGAGCAGCGCCUUCCGCCCGCCUGUAUGGUGCUCUUUGUCGGCGGUGGACGCCUCGCGCUCGCGAAGCGCGGGAAGGGCGGAGUGGGCGCGGCGGUGGGCGCGGCGGAGGGGAAGAGCGCGGGGAACAGAGCAGCAGGUGAGUACACGGGCAGACUGGUGCAUGCGGCUUUCGCCCUCACCGCCGCUCAACUCCUGUCUCUCUCACCGCCGCUCAACUCCUGUCUCUCUCACCGCCGCUCAACUCCUGUCUCUCUCACCGCCGCUCAACUCCUGUCUCUCUCACCGCCGCUCAACUCCUGUCUCUCUCACCGCCGCUCAACUCCUGUCUCUCUCACCGCCGCUCAACUCCUGUCUCUCUCACCACCGCUCAACUCCUGUCUCUCUCACCGCCGCUCAACUCCUGUCUCUCUCACCGCCGCUCAACUCCUGUCUCUCUCACCGCCGCUCAACUCCUGUCUCUCUCACCGCCGCUCAACUCCUGUCUCUCUCACCGCCGCUCAACUCCUGUCUCUCUCACCGCCGCUCAACUCCUGUCUCUCUCACCGCCGCUCAACUCCUGUCUCUCUCACCGCCGCUCAACUCCUGUCUCUCUCACCGCCGCUCAACUCCUGUCUCUCUCACCGCCGCUCAACUCCUGUCUCUCUCACCGCCGCUCAACUCCUGUCUCUCUCACCGCCGCUCAACUCCUGUCUCUCUCACCGCCGCUCAACUCCUGUCUCUCUCACCGCCGCUCAACUCCUGUCUCUCUCACCGCCGCUCAACUCCUGUCUCUCUCACCGCCGCUCAACUCCUGUCUCUCUCACCGCCGCUCAACUCCUGUCUCUCUCACCGCCGCUCAACUCCUGUCUCUCUCACCGCCGCUCAACUCCUGUCUCUCUCACCGCCGCUCAACUCCUGUCUCUCUCACCAAUUCUUUCUCAAUUCUCAACUUUCGCUUCUCGUUUCCUCCUCUCACCUGCUUCACACUCCCUCUCAUUUUCUCUCUCAAUUCCCCCCUCGUGCCCUCAAUUUUCAUGUGCGCCGGAAGCAGCGGGUGACGCCACGCCCAACGGGCAUCGCCCGCUCUACAUCCCGCUUAUGCGCCUCUUCGGUAGUAGUAGCAAGGACCGGGACGGGUACAGGGACGAGGGAGUCGCUGCCAAGGGCGGUGCCGGUGAGAAGGCGAAGGUCGGCGCGAGGGAGAGCGUGCGGGAGAGGGAGAGGGAGCAGGGAAGGGAGAGGGAGGUGAAGGCGGCAGGCGCUACCUCCUCGUCUUCUGCUCGCUCCUCCAAGCCACACCACGGCGGCAAUAGCGGCAGCAGCAGAAGUGCGAGCGGUGCAGGAGCGUCGCCGCACCCCACGGCACGCAGUGCCAUGCAUGCGAGCAGCAUGAGCCAGGGGCCAUCCAUGAUGGGCAGCGGCAUCAGCCGCAGCGGACCCCUCUCGUACCACCAUGCUGCAGCGAGCGGUGCUGGGAGCAUGAGCGGCCCGCACGACCGAUCAGCACCAGUGGCGGCACAUGCAGCAGCGGCGGGGGGGAGUGGGGGAGCGCGCAGGUUGGCGCAGCUGCUGCGGUCCAACUCGCUGACGAGCCUGCGCCAGCACCCCGCCUCGCAUAACGCCAAGCCGUCCAUUGCUCAGCGCGCACUCUCGCUGCUGCAGGGCGACGUCUCCUUCCCCCGCAGGCCAUUCGCGCCGGGCAAGGCGCGCAGCGUCUGCAACUCCCCGCGCGCCUCCUCCCCCCACGCGUCCUUCUUCUCCUCCUCCUUCUCCGCCUCCCGCCCCUCCUCCCCCCGCGCAUCCCGCCCGUCCUCCCCCCGCUCCUCCGCCUUCAAUUCGUUCUUCCCCUCCUCCCCGCGCUCCUCCCGCCCCUCCUCCCCACGCGCCAGCGCAGGCAACCCGCAGUUCUCCCCCUUUGUCUCCCCGCGCGCCACUGCAGCGAAUCCCUUCUUCCCCCCCUCCUUCGACCCGUCGUCCCGCGCUGCCGCUACCGACGGCAGGUUGGGGCAGCGACAGCAGGGGCAGCAGCAAGGUGGGGGGCAGCAGCGGCAACGGCAGGGGCAGCAGCAGGAGCAAGGGGGUAGCAGAAGCGCGGAGCACAUGCCAAAGUGGCAGCUGCUGCGGUCGUCCAUCACAGGCAAACAACAGCCUCAGCAGCAGAUGCAGCAGCAGCAGGGGCAGCAGGCGCAGCAGCAGGCGCAACAGCAGCAGCAGCAGCAGCAGCAUUUGAGAGACGGGUCACGUUCGUUUGAGUCACAGUCGGCCGCAGUCACGCCCAGGCACAUGCGCGUGCAGCGGUCAGCGUCGUUUGCGGGCGUGAGCGCCGUGGCGGCGACCCUGGCGCAGCAGCUGGGGUGGGAGCACGAGGCGGAGGCGGCGGAGGAGGAGGAGGAGCGCAAGGCGCGCGAGCAGGUGCGCAGGGGACGCGAGGUGGCGCAAGGGGAGGAGGGGCGGCGGGGCGAGGGACAGCAGAGUGCGCAGAGCGAACUGAACGCGCGACUGGUGAGGCUGCAGCAGCAGCAGCAGCAGAUGGAGCAGGGUGGGAGAGGGAUGAGAGGAGGGGAAGGGAAGGUGAGCUUCUAUGUGGGUCAAGGGCAACAGGAGGAAGCGAUGGCAAGAGCUGAUAUAGCCAGCGCUGCUCGCGAUGCUGCCAUUGCUGACCGCACUGAAGGCGUUGACUGCAUUGACUGGGCCAACCGCUGUGACGUGGAAACUGCGUCCUCCUCUUCCUCUUCCUCUGACGAUUCGUCUGAGCGCGGGGAUGCCAAUAACGCGGAUGGGCUGGAUGAUGCGAUACAGGGUACAGUGCACCACUGUAGCUUCCCGUCUAUGGACGCGUCAGAUGCCGCCCAGCCUGUCCUGGAGUCGUUCUGCUCUGACAUCUCUGCCACGUCAGCUGCCACGUCAUCCUCCGCGUUUUCGUCUCGUUCAGGAACGUCCUCGCAUUGGACGGACAUCCCCAGCAGCGGCUCCCUCUCAACCCCAGCCUGCCACGUGUCACAGCAAUGCCACCCUGGCAGCAAAGCCAACAACAACAGCAGCAGCAUCAGAAAGAGCAGAGGCAGCGGCUAUCUCUCAGAUUCGGCCCUGAUUCCCAGAACACCUGGUGCUAAGCUAGCAGCACCUGAAAAAUCACCUGAAGCAGCACCUGAAACACCUGGAACAGCAGGAGUCAGAGAAUCAAGGUUGAAUGCGGCACGUUCACAAGGGAGGGAGAACUUAGGCGGGCGCAGAGCAGCCUUGGAACCUGUUUGUGGUAACCAGAUGCGUGCCGCAGGGCGAGGAGGGGAGGAGGCGAGGGGUGAAGGGAACUCAGGGCAGGAGAAUCAAGGGCACGAGAGAAAGGGGCAGGAUGGGAAGGGGCAUGGGUUGGUGGGGGAGGCAGUGGCGCGGGAGAGGGCGGAGGCAGGGGAGGGUAAGGAGGACGCCAGGUGUCCUGUUCUGGUUGGCCGGUUCCCCGUGCACAGGCCACGGCAGAGGGCGGGCGUGGGCGGCACAAUGGGCGGCUCAGUGGGCGGGUGGAGUGGCGGGUCGGGGCGGCGACUCUCGGUGCUGAAUAAGACGAGGGACCCCCAGAGCGUGAGGCGCAUAGCGUCUGAGAGUGACAGGGAUAGGGCGAGGGAUUUCGGGAGAGUGAGGAGAGAAGGGAGUGGGAUUGGGAGUGAGAGGGGCAUGUGUGCGCCUGAUGCGUGUUUGUUAGCUGAUGGUGGGAGUGAGGAUGGUGUGAGCGAGAGGGAGGGCGGUGAGAGUGCGAGGGACAGGGAGUGGGGGUUUGUGGUGCGAGCAGCAGGAGUGGGGGAGACGGGCAGGGAGAGGGAGGAUGCAGGGGAGAGUGCUGAAGAGGUGAGUGCGGACGGGGAGGAUGAGGAGGAGACCGAGAGGGAAGAUGGAAGGGAGGCAGAUGCGGGAGAAGAAGUGAGUGAGAGGAGGAGUAGCGAGGCGAGGAGUGAAGGGAGAGAAGUGCGGGAGACGAGCAGCGGGGAGGGAGAGGGAGGGAGGCAGGCAGAAGGUAGCAGGGAGGUGGAGAGCGGUGCAGAGGGAGGGGUGGACCCACUGCCGUGUGUACGACAGCAGUCGCUGCCUGUGAGCCGCAGCUGCAGCUCGCUGCUGCCCUCCAGGCGCUACUUCUCCGACGGCGGCGAGCAGGCGCGCAGGGACGGCAGGAGGGACGUGCCUGCCAUGCCACAGAGAGCAGCAUUAGGAGCGGACGCGGGGUUGCAUGGAGGGGACGGGUGGAGUGGUGCAGGACUGGGCAGGAGUAGCAGUGGUGGCGGCGGUGGCGUUGCUGCACGUGCAGCCCUGGCGUCACCGUCCCCUGGCGUGCGGCGGAGCAACUCGUUCACUCAGGGAGCCAGGCUCACAACUGCAGGGGCAGCGGCAGCACAGGCGGCAGCAGGGGUGGAAGCAGUGGGGGCGGUGGGCGCGGGUGGGGCGGGAGCGUGGGAGGGGCCGUGGCGGAAGCUGCAGUGGUGCCAGGUGGAGCAGGCGACUGAUGGGUUCGCCACGAGGAACCUUCUGGGAACGUGCGGGGGCUACAGCCGGGUGUAUCAAGGGCGGCUGCCCGGCGGGCAGCAGAUAGCUGUGAGGCGCGAGAUGCUCUCCUGCGCCACCACUGCUGAUGGUGGUGAUGCUGGUUGCGGUGGUGCUGGUGGGGUUAUUGCUGCUUAUGGUGCCAGGCAAGGGGGGAGACCACGUGGCGGUGUGCCAUUGGCUGUGGAACGCGGGCUGAGCAGCGAGGUGGCGGCUGAGCUGGCGGUGCUGGCGACGCUGAGUCACCGCCACGUGGCACAGCUGGUGGGGGUGUGUGCGGAGAGGAGGGACGAGGUGGCACUGGUGUUUGAGCACAUGGAAGGGGGCACCCUUGAGUCUGCGCUGAGAGGGAACUCCGGUUCUGCUGCGGCUGCGGCUGCGGCUGGUAACCCUGGCUCUCUCCCGUGGACUGUGCGGCCAAUAGGAGCACGCCAGCUGGCACUGGCACUGCACUACCUGCACGAGGGGGCGCCCAGGGCAGUGGUGCAUCGGAACGUGCGGGCGGCGAGUGUGAUGCUAACGAGGGGCGGCGAGGUGAAGCUAUCGGAGUUCGGGUUGGCUCUCUUCGCUGCUAACAACGAUGCGCCCAUGCAAGUGCCGCUUGCUGGCACGUUCGGCUACCUGGCGCCCGAGUACCUGUCCCACGGGGCAGUGAGCACGCGCACAGACGUGUUUGCAUUUGGGGUGGUGCUGCUCGAGCUGCUCUCGGGGCAGCCUGCUGUGGAUGAUAGCCGGCCCCGCGGGAUGCAGUGCCUCGUGCAAUGGGCUCGGCCGCUGAUAGAGGAGGGCAGGCUGCACGAGGUGGCGGAUCCCGCCCUGCAGGGAGGUUACCACCCGCACCAGUUCGCCCUGCUCGCCCGCACCGCCCUGCUCUGCACUCACAAGGACCCCUCGCAGCGACCCUCCAUGCUGCAGGUGCUCCACCUCAUAGACUCGGGCCCUCCUGGCCCUCCUGCUUCGACGACAGCGACGCCAUCGGGGUCGCCCGGCGUGCUGCGCGGCGACGAUGUGGAGUUCGACAUCGACUUUCACUUGCACGAGCUGCCGUCCCGCUCGCGACAUGCGACGAGUGCGACGGGGGCGCGAUAUGCUGCGACGGACGUGACGAGCGCGGGCGAGUGGCGGGAGGUGGCGGAGUUGAAGCUUGCGCUGGGCGCGCUCGUGGGACGCGUGACGGCGGAACUGGCGAAAGCGGGGGUGGCGGUCGGAUUGGGGAAGAGUGAGGUGAAGGCGGAGCGGAGGGCGGAGCGCAAAGUGCGGCUGAGUCCGGCGGUUAGUCGGCUGGUCAGCGGUGCCGUCGCCGGUGGCGUGUCGCGAACAGCGACGGCGCCGCUGGAGACGAUUCGGACGCACAUGAUAUGCGGGCGGGGCGGGCUGGCGGCCAAUGGGAGCAUGACAGCUGUCUUCCAGUGGGUUCUGCGCACGGAGGGGUGGACGGGGCUGUUCCGCGGCAACGCCAUCAACGUGCUCCGCGUCGCGCCCAGCAAAGCGAUUGAGAUGCUCACAUACGACACGGUCAAACGCUUCCUCACUCCCAAAGAAGGCCGCCCCUCCAUCAUCCCGCGCCAGCUCCCCAUCCCCAUCUCCUCCAUUGCCGGCUCCUCCGCGGGCAUCGCGUCGUGCCUGCUCACCUACCCGCUGGAGCUCGUCAAAACGCGCCUGACAGUGAACCCUGACAUGUACCGCGGCGUGCUGCACGCGUUCCACCGCAUCAUCAUGGAGCAGGGCGUGGGGGAGCUGUACCGCGGGGUGGCGCCCAGCGUGGUCGGCAUGAUUCCGUAUGCUGGCGCGAAUUUCUACGCGUAUGACACGCUGUGUACCGCAUAUAGGAAGGCGCGAGGGCGGGAGGAGAUCGAGCCGCUGAUGACGCUGGUCAUUGGCUCCACUGCUGGGUGCUUUGCGGCUGCUUCGACAUUCCCCUUGGAGGUUGCACGGAAACAUUCCCUCUCUCCCUCGUCCAAAUAUUUAGUGUUCUUCUCCCCUCGGGCUGACCAUCAUCUCCCUUCUCCCACUAUUGCAGCUUCAAAUGGGGGCAACAGGAGGCAGGGUGGCAUACACAGGCAUGCUGCAGUGCAUGAGGAGCAUAGUGAGGGAGCAGGGUGUCAAGGGGCUGUACCGAGGGGUGGCGCCUUUGUGUGCCCUUCCGUGAUGCUGCUAGUCUCUCUCUCCCUCCUCUCCGAACUAUACACAUUGUCCAUUCUCUCCCUCUUCCCUCUGUUGCAGCUUCAAAUGGGGGCGACGGGCGGCAGGGUGGCAUACACAGGCAUGCUGCAGUGCAUGAGGAGCAUAGUGAGGGAGCAGGGAGUCAAGGGGCUGUACCGAGGGGUGGUGCCGUCGUGUGCCAAGAUGAUGCCUGCUGCUGGCAUCUCCUUCAUGUGUUAUGAGGUGCUCAAACGCGUGCUUAUAGAGGAUGAAAAGGUACGAUAG